ACGGCGACGGUGACGACGACGACGACGAGGACGCGGAUCGAAAAAAUGUCGGACAAAGCAGCGCCGUAGAGCUUCAACCCAUUGAUUCCAAUGCCACAUGCCCGUUAACGGACACAGAAAAUGAACCUAGCACCUAUCUUCAAAUGAAACAAGUCGCCGAACAGAUCGCUAAAGAGUGUUCUAACGGGGAACUUUUCCAACAUGCGGGUGAUACCGUUGAUUUACCUCCGCCCUAUGAAAAUCUAGAUAAUGCUGAUAACCAUUCCUUAAUAAGCAAUAACAGUGAUAAACCCAAUGAGGAGAAUAAUGAUAAUAAAGACCCAGAUAGAAAUAGUGACCGACUCCCUGAUCGACCUCCGCACGAGGACUGGGCACACAAGGCGGAUUUCUUGCUUGCGGUUAUAGGCUAUGCCGUUGACUUGUCCAAUGUAUGGAGGUUUCCAUAUUUAUGCUACAGAAAUGGCGGGGGAGCGUUUAUUAUUCCAUAUUUUACGGUUCUGAUAUUUGGGGCGUUGCCAAUUUUCUUCAUGGAGUUAUGUCUAGGACAAUUCCAUCGCGAGGGACCAGUUACAGUCUGGAAAAUUGCACCUAUGUUUAAAGGAAUCGGGUAUGCCUCGUGUUUCAUGGCGUACCUUGUCGCCUUUUAUUACAAUGUCGUAAUUGGCUGGGCUUUCUUUUACCUAUUCUCCUCAUUUACAUUGGACUUGCCCUGGAAAACGUGUGAUCACGAAUGGAAUAGUCCAAAUUGUUGGAAAUUGAGGGAGGGACAAUUCAACAUAUCGGACGGCAAUGAUACGGACGUCUAUACAAACCAUUCCGUAUCCUCCUCGUACGAAUUCUUUGAGCGUGGAAUGCUGCGGUUACAUUUGAGUCGUGGGUUGGAUCACCUGGGGUCGGUACGUUGGGAACUAGUCCUGUGUACAUUGCUCACAUUCAUCUGUCUCUAUUUCUCGUUGUGGAAAGGGGUCAAAAGUUCGGGAAAGGUAGUUUACGUUACCGCUACAUUGCCGUAUUUAAUACUAACCAUUCUACUGAUCCGAGGAUGUCUCCUGCCAGGCGCUAUUGACGGAAUCAAAUAUUUUAUCACUCCAAAUGUAGAGAGAUUAAAUGAUCCGCAGGUAUGGAUAGAUGCAGCGGUACAGAUCAUGUUUUCAAUUGGUGCAGGGUUUGGCACGCAUAUAGCAUAUGCUAGUCAUAAUAAAUUCAACAAUAAUUGUUACCAUGAUUGUUUAUUUACGGCGGCGGUUAACAGUUUCACGAGCAUAUUUUCCGGUUUUGUCGUAUUCUCGUACCUUGGAUACAUGGCUGACAGACAACAGAAAGAUAUAGAUCAAGUCGCACAGGAAGGGCCAGGACUGGUUUUCAUUGUAUACCCAGAAGCCAUUGCGACACUUCCAGGAUCUACAGCAUGGGCGAUUAUUUUUUUCCUCAUGUUAAUAACACUUGGAAUGGAUAGUGCGUUUGGUGGGUUAGAAUCCCCAUUGACUGGACUGUCGGACAGUUUUUAUCGUGUGUUUAAAAACAAAUAUUACCGUGAAGUAUUAACUUUGGUUGUCAUAGCGACGGCUUUCUUUUUCUCCAUUCCAUGCAAUACUUGGGGUGGAAUGUAUGUGUUUAAAAUACUGGAUAAUUUUGCUGCUGGUACUAGUAUAGUUUUCACAGUUCUGUGCCAGGUGGUCGCCGUCUCUUGGUUCUAUGGUAUUGACCAGUUUUGUAAAGAUAUAGAUCAAAUGAUUGGUCAUCUUCCUGGACUUUACUGGAGAAUAUGUUGGAAAUAUCUGAAACUAAUCCUUUUAAAUUGACCAAUCGUUGCCUUUCAGAUAAUUGUAAUCUCAAGCAUUCUACAUUACACACCGCUGGUAUAUCAAGGGUCUGCGCAUAAGUACGUGUACCCGGAUUAUGCUAACGCCAUUGGUUGGAUGAUUGCGUGCGCAUCUAUGAGCAUCAUACCAUUGUAUGCCAUCUGCUAUCUACUAAGAGCUAAGGGAACACUGAAAGAGAGGAUAUCCCUUGGUAUAUCUCCGAAAUGGGAGCAUAAAGAAAUAAAAGAAAAACGGGAAGUUAAAAGAUUUAAGAGACAGCAUUGGGUGUAUAUUUAAGUAUUAACAAUAAGCAUUGGCUGAAGAGAUGAAGGCCAACAAGUCCUAUUGUUCAAGCAAAUCCAUGAGUUCUUAGAGAGGGACCAAGUUAAACUGUUCCUGAUUUAUCCAUAACUUUGUUACUUCUAUUGUACUACUAUUACAUGAUUAGUCCAUGAUUUUACCAAUGUUUUAUUUUAUUAGCAUGUUAAUUAUGUCCGCAAUUAUAAUGUUUGACUAGGAGUAUCCUUGUUUGCCAGGAGAUAUUUUUAGAAAUAUUUGUAUGUCCACAAUGAAAGUGAAUGAGUACUAUGCUUUACUGUUUGGCACGAGACACUUUUUGGCAGACGACAUUUGUGUACAUGUGUUACAUUAUUGUAUGAUAAUCCAGUGUGUUUAUAUGGAGAUACAAGUUGAAAAUUUUAUUAUUUUCUAGAAUAUGUGAGUAACCAAACAAACCAAUUUCAAAUCCAUUGAAGUGUGUAUUUGUGUCCGCAAAUCAAAUUGACAAUUAAAAUGAUACAUAAAAACUAAUAUUAAUCAAAAUCAUGAACUUUUCAAGUCAAUCUUUUCCUUACAAUUACUGACAAUAAGAAUUCAUUAAUUAUGUUCAUUGUAUAAAUUUAUGGCAAAAAUGUGUUUUAUUAUUUAAUUCUAAAUUGUGUACAAAAAAGUCUACAUUUCGCGAAUUGUAUCAUCAUUUCAGGAUUUGUGUUUACAUUUUGUUAUUCGACCCGUCAUUUCGUGUAUCUGUAUUUGAAUUUUAGAGCAUGACAUCCGUUCAUUCCAUUUUUAAUUUAUCCAUUUCACAUUUUAGGAUGCUUUUUAUAUGACAAUGUAUUUAUUGUAUUAAUAAUAGAUAUUGUGAAUUUUUAUCGGGUCACUGUUAACGAAUACCUCGCACCAUUUUUAUUUAACAUAAAACAUGUUCAACAUCGCAUCUUUUCUCAAUUUGAUAGAUAUAGAAUUGCCUUAUUUCACAAACAAAUCACUGUAGAAUAGAAUUUACCAAAACCAUUUUGGUUCUAAAGUACUUCGAUCAUUGUUAUAUUUUCUUCGAAUCUGCCAUACUUCGCCACAUUGGUGUAUUAAGCAAUCGAAAAUGUCCGGCCCUUUUCUUCAUAUUCCGUAAAAAUAUAAUUGACGGAUUUUUCCGAAUGUAUUAUGAAGAACAAACAUAUAACUUGGAAUUUUAACAUACUCUAGAUUUGCACAACUAUCCAACAUGAAGAAUAUUGGUGCUCUUAGUACAACAAUGAAUAAAGCAAUCUAAACGCAACUUUAAAACAUUUUGGUACGGAAAAUGACGAAGUUUGCCGAGUCUGUACGAGAUCUAUGAAUUUAUUUACUUUUCGAAAAUCUGACACUUUGUGUAUUUGUGUACGAAGCAGACUAUGUCGUCUGUUUAUUGAGAUUUUUUUUCUUUUCUAUUCUUUUUAAAUUUAAUUAUAGACUGUUUCGGACCCAUGGCUUUUAAACAAAACAAUAUACAAAAUAAAUAAAGAUAAAAAGAAACAAGAAAAAUAAAUAUUUCUCUUUGUUAAAGAACUAUUUUACGCAUUAUUCAAUUGUUUAUUUUGUCAUGACUUAAAGAAUUCUGUUGAAAGGUUCAGGUAUUUAGAUACAACUCUUUCCCUCAAUUCGGAAUAAUACGAUAAAACUUAAAAUUUUAUUAGGGGUAACGCCAAGUUAGAUGUCAUACAUUCACCUAAAAUUUUCAUAUAUACAUGUCAUUGCAUAGAAAUGUUUUGUUUUGGAGAUUUUAGAGUAAGUAUAAAUGGUUCACUGUCCUAAAUCCAGUUGUGUGUACAUAUUAUUUGUUACAAAAAUGGCUUUUUGAACAUAUCACGUGCUACAUUUGUCCAAUGUUUUGAUCAACCAUAAAAUUGUUGUGUUUUGUGUCAUGCAAAUCUUUGUAAAGCACCUUAAUUGGCGAUCAGUUUCGUAGUGUGUGCUUAGACGGUACUCUCAAGAUGGCGGACCCACGUGACUUUAAGACACAGCGCACUGCGCAAGAUCGUCAAUAUCUUUUGAAAUACUGAAUGGAUUUUCUUCAAAUUAAAUGCAUUUAAUCCUAGAUUAAUUCCUCGAUCAUUACCGAUUUUUAUGUGAAGUCUUCCCAUUUUCCAAAUGGUUUGGGCGAAUAAUCUGUGCACAUUGUUCUGAAAUGUUCAUUAACUCAAUUAUUUAGGGAGAAGAGUGAAUAACAAAGCUUCAUACUAAACCGGAAAUGCUUCCCAUGUAAGAGUAAAUGCUCUUCGUUUGAAGAAAAUUUAUUCAGUAUUUCAAAACAUAUUGACAAAAUACCUAUCAUGUUUUUUCCGCCUUGGACCUUGUCCGAAAGUCAAUAUACAUUCGCGACUUUGCCUGACAGUUUGAAGUUUUGUGAAAAAAGUGUAGGAACACAGAUAACAUUAGUAAAGUUUUCGUAUAUAACGUCAUUUACAUAGUGACCAAUAGUGAACGUCUAUUUGAUUACUUGAUAACGAGGCUGAUGGCCAAUCACGUGUUUUAUAUUCUAUGUCCUUGACCUCUGUUGUGAUGUGUCAAAUUGUUGUACCUUUAUCACUGAAGAAAUACAAAACAUGUUCGGUAUUAAAUGUCCAAAAAUUA